UUCUUGCAGGACACUGAACUGUUCAGGACAUGGGACUUGCCAGGCUGACCUGACAGACACUCCUCCCUGGUGCUGGUGUGAUGCUGGUUGGAGUGGGCCUAACUGCUCUGAGCCAACACAGCCUGUCACAUUCCUGCCUCACAGUUACAUCAAGUUCGCCCUCUCUUUUGAGACUGAUCGCUUCAUGACCUUAGUGCAGCUCAGAUUUCGAACUGAGGAGCCAGAGGGCGAGCUAUUUCGCCUUUCUGAUCAAUACACUAAUGAGUAUGCUGUCCUUGAGAUAAAGCAAAGAAAUGUAUAUUUCAAAUAUAAUUUAAACAGUAAAACCAUAGAAGAGAGAUACACCUGUUUGUGUUAUGUAACAGUUGAUGAUGGAAACUGGCAUACUGUUAAGGUUUCACGAUAUGGCUCAUUAUCAACUCUGCAGCUAGAUGAUGGUGAAUUCACACGGUAUAAUCAAACAUCAGUAUUUGAGGGGCAUCAGUGGUUGGUAAUUGAUAAACAGGAAGGAAUCCAUGCUGGUGGGAAAGCUGAAUACACAGGCGUGGACACCUUAGAAAUUUAUGCCGAUUUCAAGAACGGUUGUGUAGAUGAUGUGAGAUUAGAUGGCAGAGCCCUUCCAUUGCCUCCAGCAUCCAAUGUGACACAGUGGGGACAAGUAACAAUGGCUCUUAAUCUUGAGCAUGGUUGUGGAUUUUCCUCUGGUUGCAACUUCAUAAUUUGUACAGAACCAGUGAAGUGUAGCGAUAAAUUGAAGCAAACUAAUUGCAUGUGCGGUGAUGAAAAAGUACUGCCUACCAAAAGUAAAGACUGUGCUACAGAGACCUGUGAAAGGGAGUCAUGCAUUGGUUCAGAUGAAUGCUUGUACCAGAACACAAAAUUUCACUACAAUUGUCAGUGUCCAGAUGGUGAAACAGGCAUGAACUGCAAGUUUUUGGGAGACAAAUCUGCCUUCAGUCUCACAGCCUGGAGUUUGACAGCCUUGUUACUAGUCAGUGUCUUAAUUCUUGUUUUGGCUACUAGUCUAAUUGGUUACAAGUAUUUCUUCAGCAUCCAUAGGAGAACUGAGGUUAAAGAUGACAUCCAAGAAAAUGUAAUGAAUUAUGCUGAUGAAGCAGGAAGUGGGAAUGGUGGGACAUCUGGCAUAAAGCCAGAGAAGACAUCUAUUAAUGAAACUGAGGCAUCAGUUUCCAUGGAACUACAUGACUUGAAAGGAAGUUCUGGACCAGACAUGAAAUACUUGAUGGAACACAAAAACAAAAUUGACACUGAUUUGCUUUCUGAAAACAGAGAUGAAGUGAAUGUGUAUAUUUAUGAAGGUGGUGGAACAGCAGCUAGUUCUUUUUCAUCUUUGUGUGCAGGUUUUCAGGAAAAAGAACCUGAUACUGUGAAUUUUGCACAGAGGGGAUCAUUUUGCAUUUUAUUGGAGAAACAGUGCCAGACAGAAUUGUAACAGUUGUAUUGAUAUUUACAGAUUUCUCACACAAAUCAGGUUUCAUUAAGUUUUGUUAAUAUAAAUGUACACAAAAUUCUAGAGCUUCUAUACUGUAAGUAUACUACUUCUCAGGGGAAGGAUCUAACAAUCCCUAUCUUCAAUGUACCAGGAACAUACCAAGUGCCUAACAGAUAAUAUUUCAAACCACAGCUGACUAAAAAGAAAUAGUAUGUAGGACUUGCACUAAUUAUUGAGAAUUUUCUAUCCACAACAUUUUGAAUAUUUUUGAUUGUAUCAGUGUAUUAAGAAUACAAAAUAUUAAUUAAUGGGUGGAAGAAUUAAUGAACAUCUGUGAUAUUUGAUAAGUGUUAUUUCAGUGAGUUGCAGUAUGUGAAUGUGAUAAAGAAACAGUAGGUCUAUUCCUGCAAAAUACAUGCCAAAGAUUUAUUUCAGUUGUAUUGUGAUACUAUUGAAUCAGGUAACAGGAAGCCUGUAUAUUUUUACUACAAAGAAGAAAAUUUACACCCUUCAAAUUCCAAAUUAUUUUCUUACCUGUUUUUGUAAUGCAAAUACACCAGUCCUAACCUGAAGCUAGAACUUUUCACUCAAUUUAAUGAACAUGUAUUCCACCAUUAUUUUAAUAAUUAUAAACUUUUUUAUAUUACUGCUAUUGAUGUGAACAACUUAUUAUCACUAAAUCAGUUUUAAUUUGUCCAUUGAACUGUCAAAUUACUUUAUUGUACGCAUUAUUCAAAUUAAAACUUUUUGUGACUGUAUCCAGGAAACCAUACCUUAAAUCACACUACAGGAUUUGAUGGCGCAAAGGAUAAAUAAAAUAUGGAUAAAAAAUAUGUUAUUAAAUUUCAGUUCCAUCUAUUGAAGGGAAACUUAUUAUGAAAUUGUAAUUCCAUCUACUGAAGGGAAACUUAAACCGUGUGUGGCACACAAUCACAAAAUUUGUGUGGCCUGAGAAAGUCUUCAAAUUAAAAUCUCCGUGUGGACUAUAAACACAAACAAUUUAUUUUAUUUUAUUUUCUUGUCAUUCAGUAGAGCCAGUUUUAUUAUUUAGUAAACAGAAAAUUGAGUUUUAAAGCAAGGAACUUCUGGACACGUAAUUGAUUCCCACUUCAAAUGAUAUCAGAAUAUACAGUUAAAAGAAACUGUUCUGCAACUUGUGGUAUGGUUUUCAGAGAUAGUCUGAUAUUAAGGAGAACACAAAUUUUGCAGAGUGAAGAUGUUGCUCUCUCUAUAUGUCAUAGUCCUUUUUCACAAUAAUGAAAAUUUAAAACAUGAGUAUUUGAACUUGGCGGCAUGUGUUUACGUC